GGUUGACAAGAGGAUAGGCACAUCAUGCAUUACUGACUCGGUCACUUUCUCCUUCCACACUUCAUCCUUUCUCGUUUCAUCGGCCCAAUUUGUGUUUAUUGUUCAAGCGUGAAGUCGUCCAUCUCGACUCCAAUCUGUUCCCUGUACUAGUAGCUUGAUCGUUGAGGUUGCGGGUGGGCUCAAUUCCUCUUAGACCCAGCAGGAGCACCGGCCAGCCACCACGAGGGUACAGUGGCCAAUCUCUCCGCUUUAUCCGAUCCACAACCACCCCUAUCUAUCCGCUACUUCAAUCGCCCUGCUUAAAACUGUCGAGGCUACCUGCAAUAGCCAUCGCUUUCCAGCAGUAAAAAAAUCACAUCCAUACCAACCAUGUCGAACCCGUUGGACACCGAUGCCGGCUCGGAGCUGUUCAGCAGCUACGAGACCGAGUUGAAGCUGGUGCAGGCCGACCUCAACCAGAAGUUAGAUCAGAUCUCAGAAUCCAGCGGUGAACAACGAAAGUCUGCAAUCCGACUCGCGGAAAGAGCGCUGGACGAGGCGACGGAAUUGUUGGAUCAAAUGCGCAUGGAAAAACAGAACAUCCCCUCCUCCGCCCGAUCGAAGAUCAACACCCGCGUCCGCAACUACGCGACAGAUGUUGACGAAGCCAAGCGCAAGUUGCGGUCUCUGUCGGACGAUCGCAAAGCCCUCUUCGGCGACCGGUACACGGACGAUCCGCAGGACGAGCAUCUGGAGCAGCGACAACAGCUACUGUCUGGCACAGAGCGCCUGGAGCGCAGCUCCGCCCGGCUCCAGGAGAGCCAGCGCAUCGCUCUCGAGACCGAGGACAUCGGCCGCAACACCUUGGCGGAUCUGAACCAGCAGCGGGAGACCAUCAUCAAUGCUCGGGGUCGGCUGUUGGAGAGUGAAGGCUAUGUUGAUACCAGUAUCAAGACACUGAGGGGCAUGGCCCGUAGGAUGGCUACGAAUAGGCUAAUCACCAUUGCGAUCAUUACUGUGUUGAUUCUUCUGAUUUUCGCUGUGAUCUACAGCAAGUUCCACUGAGCGCGGGGUUCCAGCAGGCGUUACCAUGGGAUGAACAUUUGCCUUUGUAUUACUUUGUUAACGACAUAUACAAGUCUGCCGAUGCAGACCACUUCACGGAAUAUUGUAUGAUAGCAACCUUCCAGCUCUAAUCCAAGGCCAUUGUGUCCAAGCACG